AUGCCUGAGCCAGCGAAGUCCGCACCUAAGAAGGGGUCCAAGAAGGCCGUUACUAAAACCGCUGUGAAGGGCGGCAAGAAGCGCAAGAGGUCCAGGAAGGAGAGCUAUGCUAUCUACGUCUACAAGGUCUUGAAGCAGGUUCAUCCUGACACCGGGAUUUCCUCUAAGGCCAUGGGCAUCAUGAACUCUUUCGUCAAUGAUAUUUUCGAGCGUAUCGCCGGUGAGUCCUCUCGUCUCGCUCACUACAACAAGCGCUCCACCAUCACAUCGAGAGAGAUCCAGACCGCCGUGCGUCUGCUGCUGCCCGGUGAACUCGCCAAACACGCCGUGUCUGAGGGAACAAAGGCCGUCACCAAGUACACCAGCUCCAAAUAA